AUGUCUGAUGAAGAAGAAGAUAUUCCUGAAGAAAAUCCUGGAGCAAAUCCUGUGGUAGGUGCAGAAGAAGAUCCGAUGGAAGAAGCAAAUGAAAAUCUGAAUGACCUUGAUGAUGAUACUCUUGAUCAGUUUGCCACAGCACUAGCAUAUGUUGAAGAAGGUUUGUAUGUUGCUGCUGCUGCUGUAGCACCUGGCGGACUGGGUGGAGGUUUAGUAGACUAUAGCACAGAUGAUGAGUCUAUUUAG